AUGAUGUCUUUUGCUUCAGUCUCGAGGUUUGGGUUCUUCGCAACUCUGUUGCUCGCAGUAGCUGAGCCGUUUGCUCAGGCACGCCGCUUAUCGGAGCUCCAGUUGAGGUUCUUGAACGGCUCAACACAGGUGAAGCCCUCGUAUGAUUAUGUGAUCGUCGGAGCAGGAACAGCCGGCUUGACAGUAGCAGAUCGUUUGACAGCAGAUGGGAAAACUACUGUCUUGGUCGUUGAAAAUGGCAAAGUAGUUGAUUCCCCUAGAAUCAACCAAGUUUUCUCUGGUACUGCUGCCAUGGGCCCGACUUGGUCGUAUCAGAUCAACUCUGUCCCUCAAGUUAACCUACAGAACCGAAGCACGGCUGUUAUAGCUGGAAACCUAGUUGGCGGCAGCUCGGCGAUUAAUGCAAUGAUGACUGUUCGAGGGACAUCUGAAGAUUAUGACCGAUGGGGUAGUUUCUUCAGUAAUAACUCUACUUGGUCUUGGGAUGGGCUUCUGCCUUACCUGAAGAAGGGUCUUACUUUUGUGCCCCCUGACCCUGCCGUGACGAAGUCCGUGAACCUCACGUUUGAUACAUCAUUCUGGGGUAACAGUUCCAACGUAUACGUAGGAUGGCCAUUCUUCCAGUGGCCUGGUUUAACUACGCAAAUAGAGGCCUUUAGAGACAUACCUGGUGUUGAGUUCCCCCCCGACAGUGGUGCAGGCAAGGCAGGUGUUUACUGGUUUCCGACUUUCAUGGACCCUAAAAAAGUUCAAAGGUCAUAUGCUAGGACUGGGCAUUACGAUGGGAUUAACAGAACAAAUUAUGAUGUUGUUACCCAGUCUCAUGUGACGAAAGUUCUUCUCGAAGAGGGAACUGCCACGGGAGUUAUUUUUCGACAAAAGAAUGGCAAUGCUACCACUUUCACCACAGUCAAGGCCAACCGUGAGGUUAUUCUUUCUGCAGGCGCAAUCCACUCUCCCCAACUAUUGCAGCGCAGUGGGAUCGGGCCUAGGAAGCUUCUGGAGUCAGCCGGCUUGAAUAUGACUGUUGACUUACCUGGCGUCGGCCAAAACUUCCAGGAUCACCCAAUGCUCCUCAUGAGCAUUGUCCUCCGGAACUUUACGACUCACCCAAGCCCAUUGGAUAUGUUUGGUGGAAACAAGAACUUCACUGACUGGGCACAGGAGCUCUGGAGAGCUAACAAGACGGGACCAUAUUCGAUGGGUAUUGGCAAUGCUGCAGCGUGGCUAGGCAUGCCUGUAAUUUCCCCUGAGAGGUUCGAAAGCAUAGCAUCUAAGCUGGAAAAUCAAGAUCAUGCUGCUCAGCUACCCCCGGAUACAGACCCAACAGUUGUUGCUGGGUAUAGCGCGCAAAUGAAGAAGAUGGCGGCGUCAAUCCGUUCCUCGAACACAGCUUUCUAUAACCACGUCCUAACCGGAGCCGGGUCCUCAGGCACAUUGGUAGAUUUGCAUCCACUUAGUCGCGGUACAGUGAACAUCAACACCGCAGACCCAUUCAACACAGAACCCAUAGUUGACUACAGGGCCCUUACUAAUCCUGUCGAUCUCGAUAUCAUGAUCGAGAUGCUCCGGUUCACUAAGCGAUAUUUCUUCGAGACAAGACUAAAGGAGCUUUCCCCCAGGCAGGUACAGCCACCCGACUACGUUAACGAGCCCGAAGAUCUGGCCGGCUUUUUGGCGCAGAACCUUAGUCCUUCCGAGUUCCAUCCUUCGGGAACUUGCGCCAUGAUGCCAAGAGAACUUGGAGGCGUGGUUGAUGAGAGUCUGAAGGUGUACGGUGUGAAGAAUCUGAGAGUUGUCGAUGCUAGUAUUAUGCCUACAUUGCCUGGAGCCAACACUUGCCAGAGUGUCUAUGCCAUUGCUGAGAAGGCGGUCGAUCUCAUCAAGGCUGAUUCGUAA